AUGGCAGCCGCGUCUGCAUCGACGUCUGACGCGCAGGCCUCGUAUGGGACCGAGCGAGACAACGAGCCCAGGUUGGACGUAGAGUUGCUCAAGGACACGGCAAGAAAGGCCUUGAUCGACACUUUAAACGCGGUAAAUGGCGCGAAGACACUAGUGCUUGACCCUACUCUUGCGGGGCCUUUGGGACUAGUCACAGAAGUUGCACUUCUGAAGCAUCACGGCGUGGACAAGAUGUUCUGGCUUGAGCCAGGCCCAUUGACCCCGACGACAACAAAUGUCGUGUACCUCUGUCGCCCGCUAAUCAAGUACGUCAAGAUUAUUGCAGGUCUGAAUUUCCCUGUUGUGUACGGUCGUGCGAUAGACUCAGUGCAUGCAGAUCAGGUCAAAGCCCAUAUUCGAGAGUCGCAAAAGCACAGAUAUACACUCUUCCUCGUACCUCGCAUCUCUACUCUAGUAUCAAGGAUACUUGAGGAAGAGGGCGUUCUUGGCGAUAUUACCAUAUCUUCCUACAACUUGCAGUUCAUUCCAAUUGCGGACGAUGUCAUCUCGCUCGAGAACGAUAACGCGUUCAAGGAGUUAUGGGUGGAUGGCGACGAAACCGUGAUCUAUAACUCUGCGUUAGCACUCAACUCGUUGCAGAAGGUGUACGGUCGCUUCCCUCGCAUAUUAGGAAAGGGAGACUAUGCCUCGCGGCUGGCAACCCUUCUUACUAAAUCGCUACCUGAUCAACCUUCUCCCUUAUCAGACUCCUCGAUACCUCCUGCGCCGUUUGACUCGCUCAUUAUCAUCGACCGCACCGUUGAUAUGAUCACACCGCUUCUGACCCAGCUCACAUAUGAGGGCCUCAUCGAUGAGUUUAUUGGUCUCAAGAACUCUCAUGUUGAACUACCAGCUAGCCUCCUCACCCUCCCCGCUGUACCUAACCCCUCAAAUCCCAACGCCACCCCAUCAGGAUCUGCAUCUGUCACUCCACUUAUCAAUGAAAAAACCAAGAAACACCACCUCUCGACUUCCACUGAUCCGCUAUUGGCUGAGCUGCGUGACUUAAACUUUUCAUCGGUGGGAAAAAGACUUAGCAAAGUGGCACACCGAUUAGAUGAAGACUACAAAGCUCGAUUACAGGCGAAGACCGUUGCGCAGCUUCGCGACUUUGUUGGAAAACUUGGUGGUCUUCAAGGCGAACACCAGGCGCUGAGACUUCAUACUGGCCUAUCGGAGAUGCUCUCUCUGAAGACACGCACGGAAUUAUUUAAUAAAUCGCUUGAAGUACAGCAGAAUCUUCUGGCAUCGUACGAGGUCUCAACUCAGAUUAGUGCAAUCGAAGAUAUGAUUGCACAGGGUGCAAGUAUGCAGACUAUCGUGCGAUUGUUAUGCCUCGCCAGCGUUACUAAUGGUGGAAUCAAGGCCAAAUCUUUGGACAGUGUCAAACGCGAGCUUCUCCAAGCUUACGGGUAUAAUUACCUUCCUCUGCUUCUCUCGCUGGCCACACCCCCUUUGGCUGUUCUACUACCCAAUCCCCUCCCAAUUUCCGCUGCUCCUGUUGUCGCGGGAAACAAAUACCCCUUCACAACCCUACGCAAAUCACUCCGACUUCUUAUUGAUGAUAACCCUGAAGCGCUGGAGGAAGUUGAAAAUGACAUCAGUUAUACAUACUCUGGAUAUGCACCUAUUAGUAUCCGGCUGGUACAAUGUGUUGCCCAGAAGAGUGGAGUCAUCAGUAAUCCUGCAGAGAAGAGCAGUGCAGACGACGGAGAUGCCAAGGGCAAAGGGUCUAGCGCCAGAAAACUCCACGCGCAUCCGAUCGUGGGCUGGAAAGGCUUUGAGGACGUGUUAGGUACGAUCCCGGGAAAGACAUUUGACAUUGCGCAGAAGGUGCCUGUGUCUACCAUCUCCGCAGCUUCUUCCGUUGCUUCCUUGAUGCGUCCACACGAGCAAAUGACCACAAGUGCCGUAUUUUUCCUGGGUGGAUGUACGUAUACUGAGAUUGCCGCCCUUCGUUGGGUGAGCCGACAAAACAAAGGUCGUAAAUUCCUCAUUGUGACUACGGGGAUUGUGAGCGGGAAUAGCUUAAUCGAUAGCAUUGCAAGCACUGGGAAAAGCCUUUCUGCGACCAAGGACAUGAACACCUAUUAG